CUCUGGCAGCCCCAGCCUUCAUGCUGUAGACUAAGUUGGUGGUCCUGUUGGCUGUAUGUUAUUACUUAGUAAGUCUCUUAUAAGAGGCAGUUGGUACCACUCAGCAUCAUGGUGGUGGUAAUGGCAGAUUGUGGGGCUCCAGGUUGGGUUAGUCUCACACAACCUCAGCAUAUACACAACUCUUAUGGGACCAGCUUUGUGGUAAGAGCUGGGUUUUCCUCUAAAGUGACCCCUUUUUCCUGUGUCCACAGACCCCCUUAGAGAAGAAUGGCUCCUGGAAAUGGCUCUUUUGUGUCUGAAUUCAUUCUGGCGGGAUUAACACAGCAGCCAGAUCUCCAAAUGCCCCUGUUCUUUCUGUUUCUAGCAAUGUAUGUGGUCACUGUAUUGGGGAAUUUGGGCUUGGUAACUCUAAUUGGGCUGAGUUCACACCUUCACACCCCCAUGUACUUUUUCCUCUUUAAUUUGUCCUUCAUAGACCUCUGUUAUUCUUCUGUGUUUACACCUAAAAUGUUGUUGAACUUCACAUUAGAGAAGAACAUUAUCUCCUACAUGGGGUGUAUGACCCAGCUGUACUUUUACUGUUUUUUUGUCAUUUCUGAAUGUUAUGUGCUGAUGUCAAUGGCCUAUGACUGCUAUGUGGCCAUCUGUAACCCACUUUUGUAUAACAUUGUCAUGUCUCCUAAGGUAUGUCCUACCCUUAUGUUUGGGUCAUACUUGGUGGCCUUCUCUGGUGCCAUGGCCCACACUGGAUGCAUGCUGAGACUGACCUUCUGUGAUGCAAACACCAUCAACCACUAUUUCUGUGACAUCCUCCCUGUGCUCCAGCUCUCCUGCACCAGCACCUAUGUUAAUGAGCUGGUGGUUUUCAUUUUGGUAGGCAUCACCAUCAUUGUAGCAAGCCUUACCAUCUUUAUUUCUUAUAGUUGCAUCCUUUCCAACAUCCUUAAAAUUAGCUCCAAGGAGGGCAGGUCCAAAGCCUUUAGCACUUGCAGUUCCCACAUAAUUGCUGUAGAAGAAAGUUAUGAUCUGUGCAUUUAG